AUGUCUUUCACUUUCUUAAAUAUGUUAUCGCAAUUAUUAACCCAGCAGCUCUUAGCGAUUUCAUUUUCUUUCUUUCUUUCUUUCUUUCUUUCUUUCUUUUCUUUUUUCUUUCUUUACUUCCUUCUUUCUUUCCUUCCUUCCUUCUUUCUUUUCUUCUUUCUUUCUUUUCUUCUUUCUUUCUUUCCUUCUUUCUUUCCUUCUUUCUUUCUUUCUUUCUUUCUUUCACUUUUUAAUACUUCUUUUGUUUUUUCUUUCUAUCCGUUUUCAGUUCUCCCUUUCUUUUUUCUUUCUCUUUCUAAUACUUCUGUUGUUUGUUUCUUUCUUUUUGUUUUCAAUUCCUUCUUUCUUUCUUUCUUUCUUUCUUUCUUUCUUUCUUUCUUUCUUUUUCUUUUCCCUCCUUUUUUUUUCGACAUCUUUCUUUCAAAAUUCAUAUUUUCUUUCCUCGCUUCUUUCUCGCCAUUUUAUCCGUUCUUUAUCCCUCUUUCUAUUUCAUUUCUACCCUUUUCUUUCGAUAUUUCUUGUUUGUUUGUUUCUUUCUUUCUUUCUUUCUUUCUUUCUUUCUUUUACUUUAUAUCUUUUUUUCAUUUUUCCACAUUCUUUUAUAUUUCUUUCUUUUGUUCCUUUUUUAACCACCUUUCUUUCUUUCUUUCUUUCUUUCUUUCUUUCUUUUGUUCCUUUUUAGCCACCUUUCUUUCUUUCUUUCUUUCUUUCUUUCUUUCUUUCUUUCUUUCUUUCUUUUUUCUUUGUUUGUUUCUUUCUUUUUUCUUUUUUUCUCCAACCUACAUUUCUUUCCUUCAUUUAUUUCCACCAUUCUUUCUUUCUUACUUUCUUUCUUUAUUUCUUUCUUUCUUUAUUUAUUUAUUUAUUUUCUUCUUUUUUAUGCGUAGUUCUUUCUUUCUUUCUCUCUCUCUCUCUCUUUCUUUUCUUUUUUCUUUCUUUCUUUCUUUCUUUCUUUCUUUCGCUAUACCCAGUUGA